AUGGCUACAAUCGAAUCAGUCGCAUCGGAUGUUCUACUGGAUCAGAUCCUCCCGUUACUCGAAAACGCCGAUAUCGCAUCCCUCUCACAAACAUCCCGCGCUUUCCACACCCUCACUGAUGAAGAGAUCCUUUGGCGAAGGAAAGUCCAGGCGGAUUUCAAUCUUCCACCGCAGCCAGCUAGGCAGUCGGGCUGGAAGGAGUUGUAUAGGGGGUUGGCUACUGCGCGAACGUUUACUUGGGGUUCAACGGGAAAUGGACGUUUAGGACACUCCUGGCCGGGUCGAGUCGGUGCAGUGAGUAGACCUAAGGAAGUUCGGGAGGUUAGAGGGGAGUGUAUCGUUGAUAUAGUCGCAGGGGGGUUUGGGUUCCAUGCGUUGACGAGUAAGGGGAAGGUGUAUGGAUGGGGAACGGUUGGUCCAUUUGGUGUACACGAGCGCCCUGAGGCACGGCCGAAGAGGGUGAAUUUCCCGGGGUAUGUCAAGACCCGGGCGAUUUCGGCGGGGAGGUCACAUAUGAUCGCACUCGAUGAUGCCGGCAAGCUCUGGGAGUGGCAUUCGUUCAAGGAUAUUGAUCUUGGGACGAUUGGGUUUCCGGGAUUGGAGGAGAAGGAGUUCGUGAGUAUCUCGGCUGGGUGGGGGUUUAGUGCGGCAUUGGUGAGGAAGCAUGGUAUUGUGGUUUGGUGGGAGGAUGAUACGAUGUAUGAUUUGAGGGCGGAUUAUGUUACGGUUCCGGGUACGGAGGAUGUUGUUGCGAUGUCUGCUGGGGCUGGGUUUCUGGUCUACUUGACUGCGUCGGGGGAUGUGUACCGGGUUACCACGCACUCGGAGAGUGACUUGCUCUCGACACCACCGGUUCACCUUGAGCGGUUUUCUCAGCCACAGGCGGCGGGGUCUGCGCACUUAUCCGGCAAUUUCAACAGUUUUGCGGUCUUCAACACCGCUACUGGCGCCGUUCUCCUCGGGUCGAAAGAUACAUCUACAACACCCGACUCCGAGCCCUUGACACCGCCUGAAUUACAGAGUCGAGGUGUCAUCAGCGUUGCAUGGGGUGACUACCAUGCCCUAGCAUGCUGCGAAGACGGUACCCUCCUGUCCUGGGGUAAGGAGUCGCAGUCCUGUGGAUGCCUAGGUCUCGGCCCACACCUCGAAGUCAGGGAAAAGAAUCUGGAGGGAUAUCAGCAAGACGCAGAUGGGAUUAAGAUGACGAAAGCUACCACAGUCGAUAUGCCGGGGAAGGUGUUCGCUGUCGCAGCUGGUGGGUGGCAUUCUGGCGCUCUUUGCGUUAUGGACGAUGAGUACGAAUCUGAAAAUGAAGACCAUUCCAAGAUUCUGGGAGGGACAGUGCACGUCGGCGUAAGGGGUGGUAUCAUGCGCCCGCCGCCGGUAUGGAACCCUGGUCCGGUUAUGAUGCCUGGACCGGUUAUCACGCAGCUUGGGGAAGGAGGCGAGAUGCAGCCUGUGACAGGUGAACAGGCUCCUGAGGGCCAUCCGAGUCAUCAUAAUCUUGGGCCUCUGUUUUUGAGGAGGCCGAGGGUGUCAGGGGAAGGAUUUGCGCAGGAUGGACAAGGUGGUAGCGAAGGUGGCGAAGGCUCGUCCGGUGGAUUGGCCGCGGAGCCUGAUAAUACGUGA